AUGUAUGUUUAUAAAAAAGAUGUCAUUUUCAGUUUCUGUGAUGAUUUUGGACUUGAUAGCACUGAGGCCACAAUGAUAUAUGCACUACAGGUGCUCAUAAGAUGUUCGAAACAGGAAGAUGCAAAACUCCAUCGUGAAUUGCUGGAGAUGUCCGAGAGAGCGUUUGAUUCUUUGAAGUUGACCGAGAAUAUCUUCAUGCGUCUUUACGAUUGCUUGAUGUCGUUGUGCCCAUAUGACUACGAGGCGAUAGAUUUGAUACUGAAGCAAAUGCAAAAGUAUGCGAUAUCAGAUAACGAGCAACAUGCACUCAUAUUGAAACGUGCUACGAUAACGUUGCAGUUUCUUCAACGUUCUGAACAGUCAUCGGUGCUCACCGAUGGAAGUGCGAUGAUCGAAAAUGCAUCUCUGGAGAUGAUAGCAAAUGAAGAUCGCGACAUGUGCAGUAACGGUCUAUUCGUGACUCAUCUUCCGAAUCGCUCGCAAAACUCGUUGCCAUUUCAUCCGUUUCUAUUCGAGGAUAAUAAAGAUAUCAAAAGCGAAACAAAGAUGCAACUUUUAUCGAUCGGUAUUGACGUGGGAAAUAUGUGGUUAGGUCCGAUGGGAAAUCAACUGCUGAAGCCAAUACAAGCAGAUGAACGAGUGAAAAUAGCGACUUUUGUUGCGAAUUUAAGCAAAUCGCAUCGUCGAAAUCGUACCGAAUUGCUGUUGAAGAAGGUGGAUUUGUUGAAAAACGAAACGAUUGACUUGAUAAAAUCGCCAUCGGAUUUGGUCGUUUUCAUCUAUUCGAAUGCGAUCAAUUGGAAUGAUCCCAUCGAUAAAAAAGCGAAACUGGAAUUACUGAACGAAUUAGUGGCAUUGAAUGAUCUCGAUCAUACGGCCAUCCUAGAUGAGUUAAUUGAAAGUUGGCUAGGGACGGAUGCCACUGCAGCAGACGCAAAAGAUGGAAUGACUGAUGGACUGAUGAAUGGAAAUGUUGCGGUGCACAAUCCAGCAAAAGACCUCGUCUAUGAUUUUCCUUACUUGGACUCAUCUGUUUCGAGAAUUGUUCAUUUGUUGCGAAGCCGACCACCAACGCAAGCGGCCGUCUAUUUGACAAGUCUUAUCAAUAAGGACUCGAAUGUUGUUUUGCACGAUACAAAAAUUCGCUCGAUAUGCUGUCUUAUGCGUUUACUAAGCCCAGAACAGUUCAUUUCAAUUCUUGGCUAUGAUGCAACCAAUGUUUGUGUAACAUUGGAACGCUUGUUGUAUUCACGUCUGAUCAAUGUUUGUCGCAUCGAUUUACCGAUUCAAACGUUUAUCGAGCAGAAUAAAGCGCAUCUAACGAAAUCGCUUCUAUCGAGCGGUGUUCGUCAGAGCAUGGAGUUGCUGCAUUUUAUCGCGUGUGUGGUGAUAGAUUACGAAGUGGUUGAUCGUAAACUGAUCUUCGAUCUCUUAACGAAGCUUUACGGUGGAAGACAACGUGAAAUUGUUUCGCGUCUUCUUUAUUUAUGUCGAUUAUAUCCAGCCCUAGCGAGACAACAUAAUGAUUUGGCGUUAAUUUGGAGAGAUAUCGCUGACUGGAUGUAUUUUAGUAUUGAUGAUUCUGAUCCUUCCAUGAACGAGAAAUUGCGACGUUAUGUGUACUUUUGUUUGAGGUCGGUAAAAUCGGAACGGCAAUUCGUUUGUUCACAUUCGCCGUUGAGUGUGUAG